AUGGAGGCAUUCUCCAAUGUUUUCCAACGUGCCACCAAUUUGGGCCUUGUGUCUGGGCUAAAAUUACCUAAUUACGGCCCAUGUAUCUCGCAUUUGUUAUAUGCCGACGACGCAAUCAUUUUGGGCUCCUGGUCACACACCCACAUCGCUAACAUCUCGAGAAUUCUGAGAUGCUUUCAUUUAGCUUCUGGGCUGAAAGUUAACCUUCAUAAGUUGAGUUUCUAUGGCAUAAACCUCCCUCCAAACGCAAUUGCCGCCUCUAUCGACAUCCUAAACUGCCAAAUUGGACACUUCCCGGUGACAUAUCUUGGACUCGUUGUAGGAUCAAAUAUGAACCUGAAAAAACACUGGACCCCUGUCAUCCAAAUCUUCGAGAACCGAUUGUCACAAUGGAAAGCAUCCACACUUUCCCUUGGUGACAAAAUCACCUUAAUCAGUUUCGUGCUUGAUAGUCUUCCAUCCUACUACUUCUUGCUUUACAAGGCACCAGUGUGUAUCCUCUCUAAACUCGAGUCUAUUCGGAAAUCAUUUUUUGGGGAGGUUCUUCUAACAGGAGAAAGAUCCCGUGGGUCUCUUGGGAUAGAGUUAUCUCUCCAAUUGAAUCAGACGGGCUUGGGUUGGUAA